GAACAUUUUGAUGUUUGCCAGAGGGUUCCUGUUCAAUGUACCAACAAGUGCGGAUUAACUGAUAUCCCACGAGAUAAGUUGGAGGUUCACAGUCGUGACGAAUGUCCUAAUACUGAGGUUUAUUGUGAAUUCAAGAAUUUAGGAUGUGAAGCAAAGUUCCCACGAUCAAAUACCAAGUCGCACUUGGAAUCCAACGUUGAAUUUCAUCUCAACAUAGCUCUUCUUGGUCUCGAAGCCACGCGCCAUCGAGUUCGUGCUCUGGUUAGUAUGGUGAAGGAUCGGUCAAAGAAGAUAGAAGGACUAGAAAAGGGCGUGUCAAAGGACAGUGAUCGCUCUCAACCAAUAGCAAAGCGGAAGGGAGCAACUGAAUGCUCUCUCUUUGUUUGGACAAUAACUAAUUUUCAAGCUGUUUACGAGCGAGCAUGUUCUGGGAAACAAGAAGUCAUUCUAAGUGAACCCUUUUAUUUGAUUAAAAACGGGUAUCGAUAUCAAAUCAAAAUGAUGCCAAACGGAGGUGCAGCUGCGUCAGAUCUUGUUGCAGAUAAUUCAUAUAAGGGACUUUGGUUGUCGCUCUUUGUUAAAGUUGUUCCUGGUGAAUUUGAUUCCUUACUAUCGUGGCCGUGCAGGGAGAAAAUACGGCUGACAAUUAUUGAUCAAAACCGGAGUCAGGAUAAGAAAAAAAACAUAUCGACUGUUAUUGACUUGAGCAAACAAGAAUGUCCUCGACCUUUAAGCGGAAGAGGUGAAGGAAUUGGCUGUCCCGAGUUUGUUUCUCAAGGCGUUUUGCGAAACGGGGCAUAUGUUAAAAAUAAUGCAAUUUUUGUAAUGGCUAGCAAGGUGUAGCACGAGAUCUCGUGGAUUUGCACGUAUUUGUUAAUUUGGUGAAAUUAAUACAAUACCAUUGUGACUAGUUCUUACCUUAUUGAA